UACAAUAGCAAACUGACUUUCAUUUUUCAUCGAUCCCGUCUUUUUAAACUCCAAAUUUGGCCGCGAAACUUGUCUUGGAGACUCGUCGUCACAGACGCUGUCAUGUCACCUCUGACAGGUUUUGCGAGAUUUCCGCGCAUCAUUUCAACAAGACAGUGUGACAGACUCGUUCGGCCGGUCGAUCAGACUGGGAAGAGGAUUUCGGUAGAGGACAGUGCGGCUACCAUGAGCUUCAAUUCCCUUGAACAUUAGAGCAGCUCAGGGAGCAGUGUUUGCAGCGUAUGGAGCGAUCGUCAUGUCGUUAAAGCAGCGAUACGUCUUCCUCCUGAUCCUUCUUGGCGUAACCAUAAUCACUUAUGAGUUAACAAGAAGCUUCCCUGAAACCAGAAGAAUGAACCGUGUGGAGGGUCUGAGGGCGCUGUCGCCUCAGUUCACUCUGGAGAAGAAACCCCUUCGGAUCCUGGGAGGCUCCAUCCAUUAUUUCCGUGUUCCCAGAGCCUACUGGGAGGAUCGCCUGCAGAAGAUGAAGGCCUGUGGCAUCAAUACCCUCACGACAUAUGUGCCGUGGAACCUGCAUGAGCCGGAACAAGGGGUCUUCAACUUUGAGGGUGACCUGGAUUUAGAAGCGUACCUCCGCCUUGCAGCCAACUUGGGCCUCUGGGUGAUUCUGCGUCCAGGGCCGUACAUCUGCUCUGAAUGGGAGUUAGGAGGACUACCCAGUUGGCUACUACGAGAUGAGAAAAUGAAACUGAGAACAACCUACUUGGGAUUCACUGAUGCGGUUAACUCCUUCUUUGAUCACCUCUUGAAGAAAGUCGUUCCACUUCAGUACACCAUGGGUGGCCCGAUUAUAGCAUUUCAAGUGGAGAACGAAUAUGGAGCCUAUGCUACAGAUGAACAAUACAUGCUUUUCACCAAGGAGGCGUUAUUAUCUAGGGGCAUCACAGAGCUGCUGGUGACCUCAGACGGCAGGGAUGGGCAAGGCCGAGGAGGAGUGAAAGGAGCACUGGAAACCAUCAAUUUUCAGAAAGUGCACCCCGAACACAUCAAGUUUCUGGAUGAAAUACAACCUGAGAGACCUAAGAUGGUGAUGGAGUACUGGUCUGGCUGGUUUGAUACCUGGGAAGGCCUUCACCAUGUAUUCGCUGCUGAGAAGAUGGCAGGUGUGGUCGAAGAGAUUCUCAAGAUGGACAUGUCCAUCAACAUUUACAUGUUCCAUGGAGGGACCAAUUUUGGCUUCAUGAAUGGAGGUGUUGAUUUUGGGAGACCUGUAGCUAAACCCAUCAUAACAAGUUACGAUUACGAUGCUCCAUUAUCCGAGGCUGGGGAUUACACCACCAAGUACCAUCUUCUGAGGAAUUUAUUCAGCCAGUACCACACCGAGCCUCUGCCUGAACUGCCCUCUCUUCAGGAGAGGAAAGCGUACCAACCUGCUGUUAUCCACAAGCACCUGUCUCUGUGGGACAGUCUGCAAUUCACUGACAAGCCUUUUAAGUCCGAGAAGCCAGUGAACAUGGAGAACCUCCCCCUCAAUAAUAACAACGGUCAGUCGUAUGGCUACACGCUGUAUGAGACCACCAUCACCGCUGGAGGAAUCCUCAAUUCACAGAACAAUGUCAGAGACAGGGCACUGGUAUUUGUGGACAAACAGUUUGUCGGUGUUUUGGACUUCAAGACACAUGAAUUUGCACUACCUGAUGGGGAGGGAAAAAGAACUCUAGGUUUGCUGGUGGAGAACAGUGGAAGAGUGAAUUAUGGGAAAGUCCUGGACGAGCAGCGCAAAGGUCUUGUUGGAGAUAUUCUGCUAAACAAUCACAUCCUCCGAGACUUCAUUAUUCAUAGCCUGGAAAUGAAGCCCGACUUUGUAAACAGACUUGAGAGUUCAGACCACUGGAUGUCGAUGCGCCACCAGCCCUCCUUCCCAGGGUUUUUUCAGGCCAAACUCCACGUGGACGGCUCUCCUAAAGACACCUUCAUGAAGCUCGAUGGCUGGACCAAAGGUGUUGCGUUUGUCAACGGCAAGAAUUUGGGACGCUACUGGACCGUUGGACCUCAGCAGACUCUCUAUGUCCCAGCUCCCUGGCUUCACAAGGGGAAUAAUCAGGGCCGUUACUCUGGCCCAUAAAUAGGCCUGUUGCAGGUGAUGGAGGGCCUCUGAGGGAGACGGAGCACUUUGGCUGAUUCCCAGAGAAAGGUAAUGACAGGCCCCGUCAAUACCCAGCGCUCCAUUUACUACGGGACCCCGUCUGCACUACUAACAAGACUUGAGGCUAAUACUCGGAGGACCUAGACCAUGUCCGCUCGGGUAAUUCAACUGAUGUCAAGAUGGAUGGCCUGAGAUGUACUGAUUACAUGCCCAAACUCCUGUACACCAGUUUCACAUCCCUGACUACGCUUGUUAAGAGCCAAAAAAUGGUCCAAGACCAGAGAAUUUAUUGCUCAACCAACCGCUACACUAUACAGUAUACACCACUGAUUUUUUUCAUUUGUGUAUAGGUCCUCUUUUAACAAAUGCACACACCAUGCACAACAAAUUGGACAAGCUACUUUGCUCACAGAACUGUUUAAAUUCAUUCUGAUCUCAACGCAAUUGCGUAAAAUGACUAUAUAUUGGUAUUGAUUCACAGAUUUUUGGAUUUUCUGAUCAAUUCUGUUAGCUGAGCUGUAAAGCUUUUUGUAGCCUCCCCUCCUAAAUUACCCACCAUCAGCUCUGCACUUUGUUAGUUUUUCUGAGGCUCAAGUGGAGCAUUUGAAAGAUUGAUGGAGCUUAAGACUGAAACUUUGUGUUUUUUAUUACUGGUGCAGAGCUGGCAACAUUUUUGAGUAGGCGAUAGUGCUGUGAUUCACUGGCCAACCAAACAAGAGGGUUACUUUUAGGUAGAAGCAUUUAGGUGGUUACAUUUGAAAAUAGUUUAGAGGUCAGGAAAAGGCGAACACUUACAAAGCUAUUAAGAUUACAUUUGCUCAGUCACCAGAGCAGUGCAGCCGCACACUUUCAGUGUUUCUCCUAAGCAGAGUGCUGUGGCAACACUUCACUCAAAGCAGCUCGUAAAGUUCUUUGCCAGAUUUGUCAGUGAAAUUUUUGUCUAAGUUUCUUUAGAGAUGCACAAUAUUGUACUUUUUUCCCCCAGAAAUGUAGCAUGCUAAACUUUUCCAACUCAUUUUGGCUGAUUGCAGAUACCAAUACAUACACAUAUUACUCUUAUGAUGCAGUCAUAAAAUAUGCCUUGUGCUCACCAACAACCAGCUUUGAUUGUUAGCGUCCUCUUAUCUGUCUACUGAUGUUAAUUUUGGGUCGAUGUUAUUAUUUCAUUUCAGAGGCCUCGCUGGCUGAGACUAAAGACAUGCUGAUAUGAUCAUACAUCCCUAUUUUUUUUCUUAAAAAGGAAGAAAAACGAAACUAAUAGCACUUUUAAUUGUCAUGAUCAAGAUGUGACUUGAGUGUGUGACAUAAUAUUUAUUUUAAUGCAUAGUCUAUUUCAUUCAGGACUAGGGAUGUCUUGAUCGCUUCGAGCCAUUCGACGCGCUUUUUUACCAAUCGGUAUUACAAACCUAAGCCUGAUGCCGACACAGAUGUCAUAAAUUGAAAUAAUUCCCGUAAUAAAUGCAGCAUUAUCAAUCAAUAAUUAAUCAGUAGGCACAUAGUGUAGGCAGCAAUGGUGGCUGUAACACAUGCAGCUGAUCCCAGCUUCAGUCAAGUGUCACAGAAGACUUGGUCAUGGUGCACUAUUACUGGCUAAUCCUCCACAAAGCUCUCUGUUUGUCAACUCCAAACUGCCUGAUUCCUCUAGUCCCAGCAUUAAACAGGAAGAGAUACACAAGCACGUACUUCAGCUAAUCUACAAGACUGUAAGUGUGUAUUGUCUAGGAAAAUGGUGUCAGGUAUAGGCAGAAACUAAAUAUUACAUGUCUUGGAUUGGGGCAAAAAAAAAAACAAACUUUAUUGUGACAUCCCUAUUCAGGACAAUUAAGUGUUAAAGUUAGAACGCUUGUACUUACUUUUGACAAAUAAACUGAAUAUGUGUGUGUGUGCUUUCUAUGACUGUA